AAGGUUGUAGCUUCAUUUUCAUCGGCGUCACGAAGAGACAGAGAGAGAGAGAGAGAGAGCUCUGCUUUUUGGUUAUUUUCUUCUCUUGCGGUUCGGGAUUCGACCCAUCAAAGCUACAGUCAGCAAAAACCAUUCUGGCACAUAAAUCGGUUUCCAAUCAAAGAUUUUGAUCCGGAAACGAAGAUUAAUUGAAAAUUUGGAUGGCGAAUCUGUACGUGAAGGCUGUGCCGCCGGCGGAUCCGAAUAAGAACACAGAGUGGUUCAUGUACCCAGGGGUGUGGACUACGUAUAUCCUCAUCCUCUUCUUCUCUUGGCUCCUCGCCCUCUCCAUCUUCGGCUGCUCUCCUGGCAUGGCCUGGACCAUUGUUAAUAUCGGCCACUUCGCUGUCACAUAUCACUUCUUUCACUGGAAGAAAGGAACUCCAUUUGCCGAAGAUCAGGGGAUCUACAAUAGGUUAACUUGGUGGGAGCAAAUAGAUAAUGGAAAGCAGCUGACGCGCAACAGAAAGUUCUUAACAGUUGUUCCUCUUGUACUGUACUUGAUAGCCUCACACACGACUGACUACCAGCACCCUAUGCUCUUCUUUAAUACCCUGGCAGUGAUUGUGCUGGUUAUUGCCAAGUUCCCCAACAUGCACAAGGUCCGGAUCUUUGGAAUUAAUGCAGAUAAGUGAAGUGCGGUUUGCAUCAGGAAAGAGUUAGAUUUACCUGCUUAAAACUGUUAUCCUUCACUUGUUCUGGUUAAAAGUUAUAUCUUUGUAUAGAAGUCAGAACCGGAAGGAUAUUCAAGUAUGUAAUGCUUUGUGCCGGUGUUUCUUCAAGUUCUCUUGUUUAUUGAAGAAAUAAUUGUAUUGAGUUAUCUUUGUACAGUAGAGAAGUUUGAUACAUAUGGAUUUUCACGGUGGCUUUUCAGUUGAUCACAUA